CUGUAACUUUAACGAUUGCUGCCAUUUGCACUUUCUCGAUUCCGGCCGGCUGAAAGAUUUUGAGAAUCGUGUCAUUCCUGUGUAGUUGCCGGUAAUUAUUUGUCGAUUAAUAUAUUGAAUCAGUUCUUCAUGGCUGAUCAACAAUAUUCUCAGUAUCCAGCUGGUCAGACUGGGUAUUCUUAUGGUAGUUAUGGAGGUGAUUCUUCAUACUCCCAAAGUGGAUACGGAGGAGCAAGUGCUGGAGCAUAUACGGGAUCAACAACAGCAAAUUGGGGUGGUUCAUCUGCACCAGCAACUGGCACUGCUUAUAGUGGUUAUGGAGCUGAUCAAUAUGGAUCAAGUCAACAGCAAUACAGUUAUGGCCAGCAGCCUGCUGCUUCGUACACUGCCGGAAGUUAUUCAGCUUCAGCGCCACAAAGCAGUUCAGGUUACUCAAGCUCUCCUAGUUAUGGAUCAUACGGCGGCUCUGCUCCUACCGGCUACGGAAGUCAACCUCCUAGUAGUGUAGGCUCCGCUGCUCCAGCUCCUGCAUAUGGAGCUGGUGCUCCUCCUGCAACUGGAGCAUCUGCUAUACCCCCAGUCGGCCCACCAGCUGGAGGGCCUCCUGGUCAUGGUAUGCCUCCUCCUUCUGGAGGUUAUGGAGGACCACCACCUGGUGGUGAUUACAAUAGACCUCCCGGUGGCUAUGGUGGACCUAUGCCUCCUGGAGGUCCAGGACCAGUUCCAGGUGGACCUGCUAAUGAUGGAUAUGGAGGACCUAUGGGCUAUGGUGGACCGGGCGGUGGAAGAGGUGGAUUUCAAGGAGGUCCUGGUGGUUAUGACAGAGGUAGCAGAGGAGGUGGCGGCGGCUAUGGUAACCAAGGUCCUGGCCGGGGCGGUUUCAAUAAAGGUGGACGAGGUGGCUACCAGUAUAAUGGAGGUGGUGGUGGCGGAAGUUAUGGAG